CACCUCCUUCACAAGCUGCUGUGACUCAGUAUGCCAACGAACGCUCUGAACAACACCAACCCACCGUCCCACGACGCGGACGAGACCAUGCGAAAGGCCGUUGAUCGGUACCGCACACGCAUGGCAGCAGCCAACCGACAAUUCGUCCAGGACCGCAUCGAUGAGAUCAACGCCCGCGGGCUCGCGACGGAGGAGGAAAAAAUCCGCAAGAUGUGGGAUUGGCGCCGAUUUGAGGACUUGAACCGAGACGAAGCGGCCAGUGACAACGAUCCCGAGGAGCGCCGCAAGAGAAACCAGUUCCGGCAGACGCGGGAGUUGGCGGCAGUGCCCGCGCUGCUGGUCGAGGACACAUUCCCCCUGUUCUCCCUGGAUGGGCUCCACCCGCCGCGGCUGCGCACACCAGAAGCCCGCCAGAUCUUUCUCGACACCCUACAGGAAGUGUUCCAACGGCAGGCGGAGGAGUGGGCGGCCGCCGAGGGCGAGUAUCUAGACUUAGCCUCGGAGCCGAUCCCGCGCUGUGAGGAGCUGGGCCGGCUCUUGGCGUAUGCCCAUGAGGUGGAAGACCCGGACUUUCGCCACUCGGGCAUCGCCCCCUUGGAGGCAGGUCUGUUCGUACAGACGCGAUAUGGCACCCUCCCCUGUCUGGAUACACAGGAGGAGCGGGACCAGUACCAUGCACGUGGGGAGUACACGGACUUGAUCAACAAGGUCCAGAUUCCGGCCUCCCCAGAUGUGGAUCUGGAUGUCUGGGCGGGCGUGGUCAUGGGCACCGGCUACGUCGGGGAGUAUCCGAAAUGGUACAGCGCGUAUCUCUACUGCCGGAAGAGUCCAGAUGAGGAUAUGGAGGGGAUCCAUUACCAGGAUGAAGGCGUCCAGGACGCCCCCAAUAUCCGGGAGUGGGGUUGGCGUGUGGUCUUUAUGGAGGAGGAGGGCAUCUUGCAGCCACAGGUGCUCUAUGGACGGAAGCCGCGCUUUGACUCGAUCCCUGAGUUUCUGGACUGGUACGCGAGCUGGCCGGACUAUCUGGAUGCCCGCGGGCUGCUCAGUCUCCGCCGGCAUCUGAAAGGAUGUGAGACUGAUUGCGAGUCCGACUUUGAGAUGCACGAACCGUAG